GGGAAGGGAAGCCAGCUGGAGGGCGCGCAGCUGCGGAGCCGGAGACGGGCUGAGCAGAACUCCGCCGAGGUUAGAGGCACAAGGCAGGAAUUCUGACGCUCUCAAGAGACCCUGCUCUGCCAGCUUGGCUCAACUGCCCCUACGAUGUGGACCCUGCUCCUUCAGGUCGGGGCUGGAGUUUUAAAAUAAAAUGGAUGAUUUGACRUUACUUGAUCUUCUGGAGUGCCCUGUGUGUUUUGAAAAGCUCGACGUCACAGCCAAAGUCCUUCCUUGCCAGCACACCUUCUGCAAACCAUGUCUACAGAGGAUUUUCAAGGCCCACAAGGAGCUGAGGUGUCCAGAAUGCAGGACCCUGGUGUUUUGCAGCAUCGAGGCGCUGCCGGCCAACCUGCUGCUGGUGCGUCUUCUGGAUGGCGUGCGUUCAGGGCAGACCUCCGGGAGAGUGGGCUCCUUCCGCAGGCUGGGCGUGCUAACCUCACAGGACGGCAGAAAAAGCAGGACCAGCCCCAGAGGUCUGCAGGCCAGCCCUUUCCGGCUUGUGCCCAGUAUCAGAAUCCACAUGGACGGGGUGCCUCGAGCCAAGGCCUUAUGCAACUACAGAGGGCUUAAUCCUGGUGACCUGAGGUUCAACAAGGGUGACAUCAUUCUUCUUCGGAAACAGCUUGAUGAGAACUGGUACCAUGGGGAGGUCAAUGGCAUCAGUGGGAUCUUCCCAGUCAGCUCCGUGGAAGUCAUCAAGCAGCUGCCCCUGCCGCCCCCUCUCUGCAGGGCCCUCUACAACUUUGACCUGCGAGACAAGGAUAAGAGUGAGAACCAGGAUUGCCUGACUUUCCUCAAGGAUGAUGUCAUCACUGUGCUCAGCCGAGUGGAUGAGAACUGGGCAGAAGGCAAGUUAGGAGACAAAGUAGGCAUCUUUCCCAUCUUGUUUGUGGAGCCAAACUUCACCGCAAGACAACUGCUAGAGAAGAACAAAGGGCGCCCGUCAUCCCGCACAAAGAACCUGUCCCUGGUGAACUCAUCUUCCAGAGGCAAAGCGACCAACACGCCCACCCUCCGCAGGGUCCCRGGAUCCAGGAGGAAGGCACCGGGACAGUUUUCCAUCACAACAGCCCUGAACACCCUCAACCGGAUGGUCCACUCUCCUUCAGGGCGCCCUAUGGUGGAGAUCAGCACUCCAGUGCUCAUCAGCUCCAGCAACCCCUCUGUGAUCACCCAGCACAUGGAGAAGGUGGACUUCCCUCUCAGCUCUGCAGCACAGGUCAGCACUUAUCAUCCUGCACCUGCCUCUCCAGGACAUUCCAUGGCCACGAUCAGUCUGCCUGGCUCCCAGCAACACCUCUCCACUAACAUGUUUGUAGCCCUACACUCCUACUCAGCCCAUGGACCCGACGAGCUGGACCUGCAGAAGGGAGAAGGCAUCAGGGUCCUGGGGAAGCACCAGGACGGCUGGCUGAGGGGCAUCUCCUUGGUCACUGGGCGAGUCGGCAUCUUCCCAAACAACUAUGUCAUCCCCAUUUUCAGAAAGACCUCUAGUUUUCCAGAUUCCCGGAACCCUGGUCUCUAUGCCACAUGGACGUUAUCCACCUCCUCUGUGUCCUCCCAAGGAAGCAUUUCAGAAGGUGAUCCCAAGCAAAGCCGUCCCUUCAAAUCCGUCUUUGUGCCCACCACGGUAGUCAACCCUGUGAAGAAUGCAACUGGAAAUUUAGGACAAGGAUCUCUUCGGAAAGGGCGGAGCAGCAUGAGAAAGAAUGGAUCCCUGCAGAGAUCGGUGCAGUCAGGGAUCCCCUCCUUCAUGGUGGGUUCCCUCAGACGCAAUCCUACCACGGUGGUACAGCCUCAGCAGUUCCAGUUCUACCAGUCUCAGGGGAUCCCGUCCUCCCCAUCAACGGUGGUGGUGGAGAUGGGACCCACACCAACUCCCACUGGGGAGCCUGCCCUCACCUGCGUCAGCAGAGGCAGCGAUGCCAGGAUCCACUCGACAGCCAGUUCAGUCAUCAUAGAAGGCAAGGAAAUCCCCAUCAAGAGUGAGCCUCCGCCAAAACCACCCGCAUCUGCCCCACCAUCAAUCCUGGUGAAACCAGAAAACUCAAGAAAUGGCACCGAAAAGCAAGUUAAAACCGUGAGAUUUCAAAAUUAUAGCCCUCCUCCCACCAAACACUACACUUCCCAUCCCACCUCUGGAAAGCCUGAACAGCCAGUCACCUUCAAGGGGUCCCUGCCCGAAGCAGCCCCUUUGAGCUCAGAGAUGACCAUCCUAUUUGCCCAUCGAAGUGGCUGCCACUCUGGACAGCAGACAGACCUCCGGAGAAAGUCAGCUUUCACCAAGAUCAUGCCUCCAGCAUCCACUGCCUCAGCCACACAGACCGCGUUUCCCAGCAAAUGAAUCUACCGGUGGCUUUUCCUAGACCCCAAAGAGAGCCUGCCUUCGUAGUCAUCUCAACAGAUAUUCUGGAGGGAACAAUCUGCUUGGAAGGAAGCCUCUCAAUGAACAUGUGUUGACCAUGUGACAUUCUUCGAACAUCAGGAAUGGAACAGAAAAACUGACUGUCCUCCAAGGGAGGAGGGUAAUAGGAGAGAGAGCAGAUCUGUCUUCACCGCCAGUAUGAACGGGUGGUGGGCAAGGAUGGGGAAAAGCAAGUGAGGCAUGUGCCACUGCAGGUUAGACUAGGCUGCCACCCCUCCUCUUACUCACUGGUAUUGUCAAAGCCCCAAACUUGGUCUUGUCAAUUUGUCACCGCAUGGCUCCUUAUGGAUGAAGAGAAGGCUAUCAAAUACCUUCCAGCUGAGUCUGGCCUGUCUCUCYAGCUCAGAUUUAGAGCAACACCAAGGAUACCAUAAUAUUCUCUCUCAGGUGUUCAAUCUGCAGAGGCCAAUACUUCUUCACAAUAUCCCCUAACCUUUACCCCCUGCUCUGACUCCCCACCAAGUAUCCUAUAUCCCUCUGCCACAUCCUCAUUCUUUUCCAUUCCAAUUACAUUCUGUCCCACCACCCCCCAUAACUUUUGAUGCAGAGGAUGUCUAUUAGAAAAUAGUGGUCAAGGAAACAAGGACCAUAUACAUAAAGAACCUCAGACAAGAAAAAUCUAUGACAUUUUAAGACAGAUACCAUAGACUGCAAUGCUAUUUCACAAGCUAUUUCAAGUAGAAAGACACAAAAAUCAACUAUAACUGUGCAUCCUCUUAUGUUUAUAAAUAAGUCUCACACACACACACACACACACACACACACACACCAAAAAAAAAAAAAAA